CCUGCGCGGUGGAAUGGCAGCUGUGGGCAGGGCCCUGGGAAAUGACGCUGCUGCUGUGUGUGUUGUGAAACCCUAUCCAGCUUUAGCAGAGCCGGGAUUUCGCUAACAGCUGCGGGCAGAUUGCGCUGCCCGUUGAAAUUAACCAGAGCUGGUCAGCUGUUCCAGGCAGCAGCAGCAGCAGCCGCCGCGCAGGGGAGCCAGACAAAAAAACAAGCAACGCCCUUAGUCCAUUGCAACUCGGCUCCAGAGAUGGAUGUGGCCGUGGAUCUGUACCUGGCGGUGCCGCUGCUGUUCACAGUCCUGGCCGUGAUCCUGGCUUCGGUCUUUGUGAAGCUGAGAGCGACUGAAGGGGACAAAGCUGCCGAGACAGCCAAGGGGGCAGGGUCACAGGGCAAGGAGGCAACCGAGCAGGGGGAGGAAAGGAAGCAGGGCGAGGGGGAAGGGAAGGAGGGAGACGCGCUGAAGGAGGAGGGGAUCCCCAAGGGGGAGAAGGACGAGGAAGGAGCGAAGGACGAGGGGAGAAAGAUUCCGGUGGAGGAGAUUGAGGCUGAAGAGGGGAAGGCGAAGAGAGCUGGGGAGAAUGAAGAGCAGCAGCCCAAGGAGGAGGCGGUGGCAGUGGCAGCGGCAGCCAGGACUGCAAAAGCAGACAAGCAGAGUCAGCCUCAGGAGAUGAGCAUCCCCCGCCAGGCUGCUGAGGCGGUGGAGGAAGAAGAAGAGGAGGAGGAGGACGAUGACGACGAGAGCAAGGAGGAAGAUCAAGACUGGGAAAAAGAGAGACUGGUGGUGAAUGAACCAGAUCUGAACGAUGCAGGUGAGAAGAUCUCCUUUAAAUACAGCCCCGGGAAGCUGAGGGGGAACCAGUAUAAGACAAUGAUGACCAAAGAAGAACUCGAGGAGGAACAAAGGGUUCAGAGAGAGCAGCUGACUGCCAUCUUCAGGCUCAUGAAGGAAAACAGUGAGACAUUUGGAGAGAUGUCUGAAGGAGACAUGAAGGAGCAGCUUAAACUUUAUGAUAUGUAGGCUCACAGCCACUACAGUCUGUGGCCUGCCUACUGCCUCAGCCCUUGUCAUUCAAGACACUGGAGACUGUAGUGCUAUAAAACUGUCACUAAAUGCAUAGUCAGUUUCAUAUUUUGGAUGGUUUGCAAAAAUGUAUAGGCCUCUGAAAUAUUUCAAAGACUUGUAAUUUCUAUCCCUUUUUACUGGUUUUCCUAAAGGAGCUAUUGCUGUAUUUUCAUCUCAUGCAGAGAUAUUUCAGCUUUUUCUGGCCAGGUAGUAAGAGCCAGACCAUGCAGCAUUGUGAAAUUUUUAAUUGUAUUCUGACUAUGCUUUGUAAGUAAGCAUUUCUUCACUCUGAUCCUCCAUCAUCUUGGUGUCUAAAGGAAUCAGAAUAAAAUAAAACAGCAGCUGCUGCACACGCUAAGAUGGAUAAAAUGGGAGGUUACCCUCUCAUGGUAUAUCUGCAGCUGAGAGUGUGCUUCCCACUGUGCAUAGACAGAUACACACUAGCCUGAGACAUGGUGGUACAGGAAGCAGCUUGGGCUAGCCACACAAAUACAAUCAACUCCCUGUGUACAUACUUGGGCAGCUAGACUGAGCCACUGCCCGGGCCAGCAUAGCCACCCUGCUAUUCUUGGUGCAUUAAUUCAAGCAGAGCUAGCAUGUAUCUGUCUUUCCACAGUGGAGAAUAUGCUCCCAAAUGCAACAUAUACACUUAGUCAGGAUCAUCCCUAUUGAUUAUUCAGACAGUAUGGGGCUGAUGUCAGAUGAUUCACCAAGUUUUUUGGCUGGAAACCAGUGAUUCUGAAGGAGAAUAAAGCUACCAUGCACAGUAUGUGAAUAACUUCUGUAAGUGCAUUUUUGCAGUCACCCAGACCAAGUAUCUCCUUAUGGGUAUAUAUACUGCAUCUAUAAUCACCAUCGAAACCUACGUGGAACAGAAUGUUCAGUCAAACUAUGUUUCAUGCAAAUAACUUUUCCAUUCCAGUUUGGGAAAUUUCAUUCCCUCUCCCACCCCAAUUUUGCUGCUCCAUAAGAGUGUGGGGCAACUGCUGUUUUUCUCAUCACAUAAUGCAGCAGCAGAAAAUGCCACUUCCAUUAGAAUUUUUGAGUGAAAGCAAGACAGUGGCCAUCUUUGAAAAUGAUCUUUGGUCAGAAGCAAGAGGAUGGGAAGCACAGUGAGAAACUGAUUUACAUCUACGUCAUAGUCCUUUGUGAGAGAGAGCAGGUUUUAGAUUUAGUUAAGGUAGGUUGUAGUUGUAGGUGGAGGAUGAGUGUCAGGUCAGGUGAUGUAGCUAAUGGUGGAGGAGACAGGGAAGAAUGUCCAAAGUUUGGGAAUACUAUUCCUUGGAUGAAAAAUGGGCUUGUAAUGUAAUAUUCAGUGUGGAUCCCAGGCAUGGUCCUGGGCCCCAUGUAAGGAACAGAGCAUACUUCAAGAACACACAUAAAAUGGGGUAUUCGGUCCUGCUGCUGGGUGCCCAGCCAUGCUCUGCCAAGAAAGGAGAGCCACCAACAUAGAUGCCAGCAGGCAAGAACACAUGUUGCAGAUUGUAAGGUCUUUGUAGAAGAAACUGUAUUUGUUCUGUGUUUGUGCAGCCCCUAGCACAAUGGGGCC